GAACGCUGCUGCUGGUCGGCUCGCUUGAAUUCCAUUGCCGUCCAUUAAAACAUCCGAGUUGGAAAAUACAGCGCUUAAGUGGGCCCGAAUAUAGGCUAACAGCGCCGAGACGGAGCGAUAUAGACGCCGAUUUAAGGAGAGGGUUAAUGGGAAGAGUGGCCGCGGCUGCUCGCGUCGCUGUGCUGGGUGGACGGGAGGAGAAUUACUGUGAUAUAUAGCUGGUUAUUUAGCUUGUUAGGUUAAUAACUGUAAUAAUAAUAGUAAUAGCUAGGUGCAGUGCUUGGCUCGGCUCGGUUCGGCUCAGCUCUAAACAGAGAGCGGUUCGGAUGUGGUUUGUGUCAUGAGUCCAGCCGGCUGCUCCCAUGUGAAUGGCUUCAAAGUGGAUAACUGGAAGCAGAACCUGCGAGUCAUCUACCAGUGCUUUGUGUGGAGUGGCUCGGCUGAAACCAGGAAACGCAAGGCGAAGUCAUGUAUGUGUCACAUGUGCGGCGCCCACCUGAACCGGCUCCACUCCUGUCUCCACUGUGUCUUCUUCGGCUGCUUCACAAAGAAACACAUUCACGAGCACGCCAAGACCAAGAGACACAAUUUAGCUAUAGACCUUUUGUACGGUGGAAUUUACUGCUUCGUGUGCCAAGACUACAUAUACGAUAAAGACAUGGAACAGAUUGCCAAAGAAGAACAAAGGAAAGCGUGGAAAUUGCAAGGUAUUGGAGAGAAAUAUUCUACGUGGGAACCCACCAAGCGAGAACUGGAGCUGCUUCGACACAACCCGAAACGACGGAAAAUAACCGCAAACUGCACCAUAGGUCUGAGGGGUUUGAUAAACCUGGGCAACACCUGCUUCAUGAACUGUAUUGUUCAGGCUCUGACCCACACUCCGCUGCUGAGGGACUUCUUCCUGUCCGACAGGCACAAGUGCGAGAUGCAGGCCAACUCCUGCCUGGUAUGUGAGAUGUCUCAGCUCUUUCAGGAGUUCUACUCGGGCCACCGCUCCCCCCACAUUCCCUUCCGGCUGCUGCACCUGGUUUGGACACAUGCUCGCCACCUGGCCGGUUAUGAGCAGCAGGACGCUCACGAGUUCCUCAUCGCCGCUCUAGAUGUCCUGCACCGCCACUGCAAAGGAGACGAUAAUGGGAAGAAGGCCAACAAUCCCAAUCACUGCAACUGCAUCAUUGACCAAAUCUUCACUGGCGGCCUCCAGUCUGACGUCACCUGUCAAGUCUGCCACGGUGUUUCCACGACGAUAGACCCGUUCUGGGACAUCAGUCUGGACCUGCCUGGAUCCUCCACUCCGUUCUGGCCACUCAGCCCUGGUUCUGACGGCAACGUGAACGGAGAGAGUCACCCCACUGGAGCAACCACACUAACGGACUGCUUACGCAGGUUUACCCGACCUGAACACUUAGGAAGCAGCGCUAAGAUAAAAUGCAGCGGUUGUCAUAGUUACCAAGAGUCCACCAAACAGCUGACCAUGAAGAGGCUUCCCAUCGUGGCUUGUUUCCACCUCAAACGGUUUGAGCAUUCAGCUAAACUGCGCAGGAAGAUCACCACCUACGUCUCCUUCCCCCUGGAACUGGACAUGACUCCUUUCAUGGCAUCCAGUAAAGAGAGCCGGAUGAAUGGACAGUACCAGCAGCCUGUAGACACACUAAACAAUGACAACAAGUAUGCUCUGUUUGCAGUAGUGAAUCAUCAGGGCACGUUGGAGAGCGGUCACUACACCACGUUUAUCCGCCAGCAUAAGGACCAAUGGUUUAAAUGUGAUGACGCCAUCAUCACUAAAGCCAGCAUUAAGGAUGUGCUGGACAGUGAAGGGUACCUGUUGUUUUAUCACAAACAGUUCCUCGAAUAUGAAUAAUGUCUGAAAUCAGAUUAGAGGGGAGACCCCUGAAGUGGACCCUGAGAGUGAGGGGGGGUGAAGAGAAGAAUCGAGGGUUGAAGAAGUAACACAGCUGAAGCAGAACUCUCUCUCUCUCUCUUUUUGUCUGUCUCACUCGCUCUCUCUCACUCUCCCUCGCACUCUCGCGUGCUCUCUCGUCUUGUGAGUGGUGGAAGUGGAGUAAAGCAGUCAAUAUUACGCGUUACUUUAAUAAUCAGAGAGAAGAAGAACCCACAGUGAACCCGUCUGCACUGAGCUCCCAGAUCUUCUCAGCCGAAAGCGUGAAGUGAGGGAGAGCCUAGAGCCGGUGGACUCGUCCUUCUUUCUGCUGACCAGCGGGCAGGGGGGAGGGCGUGUCCACUCAGACUCGUGUUUUCCACUCAUUCUGUUCUGUCCUCCCUCCUGACCUCAGAGUGACCAAGCAUUUCAGGAAUCACGGCGACGAGGGAAGAUUCCUUUGUUUUAAAUCUCUCUCUCUUUUUUUAUGGUGUUUGUUGAUGCAGAGUUAGUCUGAAUGGCAGCAAGAGAAGAACUAUGGUAUUAAAUGUGGUCAUUAUUGAUAGUUUCUUUUUUUUUUUUUAAUCAUCUGUGAAUUUGAGUUUGAUACUGUAUAACUGUACGUCCGGAACAUGCUUCUGUUUCUCCUGUCUCUGAUUGGAUGAGUGGAGUAGCAGAGCGUGAGUGGGAGGAGCCGUGAGCGAGAUCGUUGGGCGCUCUGACGCCGUUCCCCUCGUUCCUCCCGCUUUUCCUUUUCAGUUUAGAGCAGGGAAAUAUAUCAUAUGUAUAUUUACAUAUAUUUUUAUAAGUCACUGAAUUCUUGUUUACGAUUCUUGCUCCGCCCUCACACACGCCCCUGUUUGUGUUAAUCUGUGAUGAUAAUUUCUUCACUUCUUGUAGAGCAACUCCACCCAUUUUCCACAGUUCUCUGCAUAAUUGUGAUGCAUAAUCUGCAUAAUUUAGAGUGGGUUUGGUGUGAGACUAUUAAAAGCUCUCUCAUUCAAAGUUAUUACACCAAAUUUAAGUUUAUUAUAAUACGUUUCAGAAGGAGUUCGGAAGGUUUUGGGUCUAAAAAGUGUUUUAAAAAUUGCAUAUUAUUUAAAAUGAAGAGAUACAUGGUUAAAAAUAGUCCUAAGAUAAAACCUAUUUGUUCAGAUUUUCUACUAGUUUACCAUCAUCAACAUUCCAAUGAAAACUCAUAAGACCAAUAUGGGUUACUGGUGGGUUUGAGGAAGGUUGUUCCAUUUAUUUUCAUUUAUUUUUUAUAUAAGAAUACCAUAGCAACCACCUGAGAUACCAUUGCAUCUAUCAAACAAAUGAAUUUUCAGAUCUCCCUUGAUGUGGUGGUCUGCACAGGCACAGUAGUUAUCCCAAGCUGACAAUUGUUUGUGCAUUAUGGAGCCAAACAUAUUUUGGUCUCUGGUGCAAAGAAUACCAUAGCAGCCACCUAAGAUACCAUUGCAUCUAUCAAACAAAGAAAUUCAGCUCUUUCCAAAGCCUGUUUUAAUUUCCAUAGACUAUUAAAAAAAGAGCCCACAAAAGCCCAUAACAUCCAAUCAAAUCAUCCAAUCGAUCAAAUACCAACAACCCAGUUAUCUGUAAUCAUCCACCUCAGCCAACAUACUUAUAUGGGGCUCAGAUGAGUAGAACGUAGCCUAGGUAUGUUCCAGUUGUGGGCAUGGGCUUCCAGUGGUUUUGCGCAUUCUCAUGACCCUGAUUGGGUCUGUCCUUAAAUCUGUAUGUGGGGCCAACAUGGAACCCGUAAAUACAGACCCCAUUAUAGUUAUCUGAGCCCUCAGAUUUAGUAUCAAAGCUGAAUCAGGUUUAAUAAAGUAUAGACAUUAUUAAUUAGGAGAUCAGCCACUGGUUAAAAUGUGACUAGGAAUACUUUUAAUGCUCCACCCACCAUCCAUUCAAGGAUAAUUUCCCAUCCGGCAACAAAAUGAACCAGUCAGCUCACUUCUUAAGUCAACGUGUUGUUUAAAAAGUAUGUUUGUUGCUAUAUUUGUUUUGUAUUCAAGGGCGACUGAUGCCUAUAUGCGUAUAAUUCUACAUGCAGCAUUUACGUUCUGAGUGGAGGAGGGACAGCAUGCUAAUGGGGGAGCCUCUCUCUUAAUGUGGAGAUCUGCCCAAGUGCAGUAGCCACCCUUGAGCUGAAAACGCACAUUUCUUGUGCAUUAUGGAACCAAAUGCUGUUCAUGAUUUUUUUUUAAGUAUUUUCAGUAAUUUGACUCUUCUAAAAAAGACUUGGACACGACCAAUUAAAAAUAACUGAUUGAUUUAGGUUUAUUAAGUCAAUAUUUGUUGUAUAUUUGUGCUGUGUUUGUGGCAACAAAGUUCACAUAUGCUUUGUCAUAGGUUUGAUCCAGAAGUAUAAUUUGGCCUUUAAGUUCCGAGUGGACGAGGAACAGCGUGCCAGUUCAGAAGCUCUCCUUGAUGUGGAGAUCUGCACAAGCGCAGUUGCCAUCUCAAGCUGAUAAAUAUGUUUGUUUUUUUUCAUGUCUUUUGGAUAUAAGUGCUACAAACUGUUCAUAAUGUGUUUUUUGACAGAUUUCAAAUUUCUCUACACUGAACCACAAUUUUACACCAAACCCUCACUCGUAAUGAGUUCACCUUUAACAUUGCAUUUAAAAAAAAAUGAGAAUUCUAAUAGUGGGUGGAGUUGUCCUGUAAGAAGCACUGCUGUUUGAACUGUGUGUGUUUCUCAUAAGAAGUGAAAGUGUUGAUCAUGAAGGCGUCUCGUCACGUUUUGCACGGUGGACACCUGGCGUGACAUGACUGAGCAGUGUUACCCCCGAUACCUGUUGCUCCAUUUCUGUGUGUGUGUGUGUGUUUGAGAGAGAUUGUGUUUGAGUAGUGUGUGCGCAUGCUGGAGUAUGCAGUAUGUCAGUGCCUGUGUGUGUGUGGCGUUGUCUGUGCGUGUAUGUGUGAGUGUGUGUGUGACUGUGAGUGCGUGUGUGUGUACUGAAUCAGUACUUAACCUUGGCAUGCUGUCUAAACUGGAUUGUAAAAGACUGGGGGGGAGGGGGUUUAUAAAUGUAAUGAUGUAUGUAUGUAUAGUAUGUACGUAUGUAUCAUAUGUAUGUAUGUAAAACAAAUCAAUGAAAAACUGAAGAAAAA